UUUUUACACCUUUCUCCUUGUUAAAUUAGAGUCCAGUUCUAGGGUUUCUUUCUGCCACCCAAACCCGAAUUUCGACUCAGUGUAUUCUCCAAUUCAAACAAUGGGCAAAAAGAAACCAAAGGACCCUCCACAAACCGACUUAGCUUCGCCCCAUGCCGCCGCCGGCAUUUUCUCCUCGCUCUUUGCCGACGCACCGGAAGCAAGCACCGCCCUCGCUUCCUUAUUCUCCGACGACAACCCCUUUCGGAGAAAGCCCACUCAACCUUCUCAGGAAUCAAACGAACAAACUCGAAUCCCUAACAAUGUCGGAUCCGCACAACACGACACCGGCGAGGAGAAGAGGAAAAGGAAAACCUUAGAGGAGAAUCCCUCCGCCGAUUCCGCAAUCGAAGCUUCUGGGAAGAAGAGGAAGUACCACGAGUCAAUUGAAGAGGCCAAAGGCUCUGACUUGGCAAUUGAAAAGAACGAUGCGGGGAAGGAGAAGAAGAAGAAGAAGAAGAGGAAAAGAGAGGAGCUUGAGAAGGAGUGGGAGGAGAGGAAGUACGGUGCGGUGGUGGAUGAAGAAAAAGAAGCGUCUUUGUUGGAGAACGGAAAAGUUGGGAACAAGAGGAAGUUGCUGCAUGACCCUGCUGAUAUGAUGGUAUCGAAGGAAGGGUUUGAUGAUGAGGAGAAGCUCUUGAGAACGGUAUUCGUUGGAAAUUUGCCUCUCAAGGUGAAGAAGAAGACCCUGCUCAAAGAGUUCAAGAAGUUCGGUGAGGUUGAAUCCGUGAGGAUUCGUUCUGUUCCGAUACAAGACACUAAAAAGCCUAGGAAGGGUGCUAUCCUUGCGAAGAAAAUCAAUGAUGCUGCUGAUAGUGUUCAUGCCUACAUUGUUUUCAAAACGGAAGAAUCUGCUCAGGCAUCUUUGUCCCACAACAUGGCAGUGGUUGAAGGGAAUCAUAUUCGUGUUGAUAGGGCAUGCCCGCCCCGCAAGAAACUUAAAGGGGAGAUUACUCCACUUUAUGAUAACAAGAGAACUUUGUUUGUGGGCAACCUUCCAUUUGAUGUGAAGGAUGAAGAACUAUAUCAGUUAUUUUGUAGCAUACCUAACCUGGGAACCAGUGUAGAAGCUGUAAGAGUUGUUAGAGAUCCUCAUCUUAAUGUUGGAAAGGGUAUUGCCUAUGUGCUGUUUAAAACAAAGGAAGCUGCUAAUUCUGCACUCAAGAAACGGAACUUGGAGCUUCGAGACCGAGAAUUACGACUCAGUCAUGCCAAGGCUGAUUCCACUCCAUCGAAAAAGCCAAAGCCAAAGCCAUCACCAGCACAAGCUCCUGGCACCCCAGCCAAGAGAAAGUCUCUGGCUACAACGUCUCCUUCAAGCAGCAUCAACAGGUCAAACAAAAAAUCCAAUGCAUCUUACCAGGGUCUGCGUGCAACAAAAUCUGAUUUCAAGAAGAAAGCUCAUGGAGUAGAAAAAUCAAAAGGACACUCGGGGAAACGACCAUCAGUUGCUGCCAGAAAAGCCAAAGCCAAAAUGCUCAAAGAAAGUGGUUCAUCAAAACAAGCUGGGAUGAAACGCAAGCUUGAUAGUCGUACUCCAGAUAGCUCCUUCAGAAGUAAGAAGGUGAAGAAGAAUAGGUAGCACGUUUCCAGUAUUAUAAGGGAUUUUAGAUUGCAAAACUUGUUAGCCCUCCCUGGCUCUAAUGGCUGAUGAGCAAACAUGCGUGCGCUGGGAGAAAAGUCACUUUCCCAGUUAAUAACCACGCAGUGGGCUUGAAGGUUCAUUUAUUUUAUAGCAAAAGGGUUUUCGGAUAAGAAAAAAAAAAAUCAGUAGAUAGAGAUAAAAGGAUGAAAGCUUAACUAUAUUGUCUUCUAUAAUCCAUUUUUAACAGUAUUUUCAACCCCUUCCCCCUCCCUCCUCUUCGUUCAUUUCAUUUAAAAUUGGAUAUGUAAUUCAACUUUCUAGAAUGUUUUCAUUAAUUAAUGUGAUAUCACUUUAAGUCCUUGUUUUAAA